UCGACGCCUUCAGGGCCCAUCACCACUUACCUCUCUCGCUCAAGACGAAGGCACUCGUCCUUUUUUGGCAUGACGGAGCUCGAGUCAUGCCGUGCUACUCGCAAGAUCUUAAUGCGACAAAGUUCAUGAGACAGAUUUGCUUGAAAUAGCCAGAGUGGUGCUGAAGCUAUAGUUGCCCGUCAUCGCAAGCAGUUGUUCACAUCCCCGUGUUUCUUCGCGUGUUCAUAGUAGGUGUCUUGUUUGCUCUUUGCUCGCUGCUCUAAAAUCUCUGCAGACGAGCUCGGGAAGUCUUUCAGUUUCAAUAUUCUCUAGUCGCUUCGGAAUUGAGUUGGGAGUGGAUUUCCGAAAUUGUUGAAGGAUGGAGUCGUGGCGGAAGAUGAGCUCUGCAGUGCUUGUUGUCAUGAUGUUCAUUGGUUUCAGUAAUGCCUUCCCGUAUCAGCUUUUCCAUCAGGAUUUGGUGGUCGGAGGCGAUGCAGGAUGGAGAGUUGGGUACGACUAUAAGAGCUGGGGUAAUGAGGUCCCUGUGCGUGUGGGCGACAUCCUAGAGUUUAGGUACACGAUUGGUGAGCACACAUUGACUCUGCUCAAAAGUCGGGAAGCAUUCGACAAGUGUGAUAUGAGCGACCCCGUUGAGGAGUACGAGGACGGAGAUACCAGAAUCGAACUGACGAAACCUGGCUGGAUGUACUUUGUUGACGCUUACGGCGACCACUGCGACAUUGGCGUCAAGAUGGCGAUCAAAGUUGCACCAUGAGCAUGUUGCUCUCCCUGCGGGUUUCGUGCUCGUAUAGUGGAGAUAAAUUCAUUCGAUUGGGAGAUGAGUUGUAUCACAGACAUGGAUUAACAUGCUUGACAGCAAGGUUGAAGUCCGCGAAGAGUGCAAUGUUUUUGAGCUUCGGCAUUUCUCGAGUGCGGGACCUUGUGCGUCCAGACUGAAGAGUGUUGUAUGUAAUGUAAUAAGUAUCGAUCUAUUGAAGCAAGUUGAGUACAGAUGUAACAUUUCGAAGCAGCCUUUGUAUUUCUGUAGAUGUAAGUAUCUAUUUCCUGGUGAGUGAAGUGUUGACGGAAUAAAACGUGGAUCUUUAUUACGAGAGCCAUGCUUUCUUUAUUUAGA